AGAAAUUUAAUAAUAUAAACCAAACACGAUGAGAAAAACAUAAACAGCAAGUCUUUCUGUUCUACGCUUCUACCAGAUUCUAGGGUGAGGUUUCUUUCUCUCUCUGUUUCCUCCUCUCAAAUCUCUCUUCUUAGUUCUUUGGUUUUCUUUUUCGGUUUUGAAAUUUCUUUAUGCGGUUUCAGCAGCAAUCGAAGAAUCUCUAAAAAUCAUCAGAGAUUGGAGAACGAAAGGUAUGCGUAUUGCGUCCCCGGAAGGAAGGAAUCGGAAGAGAAGAUAAUAAAAACCCUAGAGAUUUCUUGGUAAUUGACCAUAAUCUUUUUCCGGAAAAACCAGAAGCUCUUUAUCUAAAACCCUAAGAGAGAGAUGGCGUCGGACGAGAGCUGUAACCAGCCGAAGAACCACCGCCUCUGUGCCAACGGCUGCGGUUUCUUCGGCAGCGAUGCAACCCUAAACCUCUGCUCGAAAUGCUACAGGGAUUUCUGCAUCAAAGAAGAGCAAGCUGCUUCUGCAAAAGCUGCCGUUGAGAAAUCUUUCAAUCCUCCCAUCCAAACCCCAUCGAAGGAUCCUGUCUCGUCGGAUUCGUCAUCAUCGUCUUCUUCUUCUUCUGCUGCUGAUUUCGGGAACGAAGCAUCUGCUGCUGGCUCUGCGGGUUUAGGGAGUUCGGGAUCCUCACAGUCGGGUCCGAGCGUUCGGAACCGGUGCGGGUGCUGCAGCAAGCGCGUGGGGCUGACGGGGUUCAAGUGCAGGUGCGGGAGCACCUUUUGCGGUGCCCACAGGUACCCGGAGGAGCACGGGUGCACCUUUGAUUUCAAGGGCUUGGGCCGGGAAGCCAUCGCAAACGCGAACCCGGUCGUGAAGGCGGACAAGCUGGAGAGGAUUUGAGGGUUUGCUGAGGGUAUUUUCGUCUUUGUGUGAGGACUGGGGACAAGCUGCAUAGGAUUUGAGGGUGUUUUCGUAAUUGUGGGGGGUGUGUUUGUGGAAUUUGGGGUGGUUGUGAUGGUGGACAUGAACAUGAAAAGGAUUGGUACAUGCUGGCAUUGAAUAUAUAUAUGGUCCAAUGGUUAUAUCGCCUCAAUAAAAAUAGCUUUCUUAAUCAA